CUCACCGGGACUGACUCAUCCGAAAAGCUGGCCCGUCUUCUGGUCUACUUUCCUUACGUGGUUGUGCAGCGCAAGGACGACUAUGUGCUCGUAGUUGCCUCAGACAUUUUGAACUAUUCGAUCAACUGCAUGGAAGAAAAGAACGCCAAGGCCUCGGAGGAAGCCAAGCCACCAGCGGAACCGCCCAAAAGGAAGCAUAAUUUCCAGGCAGCCGUCUAA